GUCACUCUGUACAGCUCCACGAACAGUACAGAGUCACUCGGUUUGUACUUCUGCAGUGGUGCCCAUAACCAUGGCCACUGAAGACUUUCAACUUCUGCAACGGCCCCGUCCUUAUCAAAUUGAGUUGUAUCAGCAAGCUCUUCAGCGAAACAUAAUUGCUUAUCUUGACACAGGCAGUGGGAAAACUCUGGUUUCGGUACUCUUACUGCAGAAUUACGCCUCAGACUUGGUAGAGAUCCGUAACGAUGAGUUGAUUGGCUUGAUCGACGCCCGGUUGGAUACUGACAAUGGCUUGGGAAAUCCUGUCACAACCGCUGCAAAGAGCUAUGUCGCGCGGCGGUCAGCGAGCGGUCUGAAACCUCAAGAGGCUGCCUCUACGGACAUGCUGAAUCAGGGCACAGGGACUGGUACAGUAAUACAGUCACCUCUGGCAGUAGAUAUGUCCCCAGAGGUACUGCUACCAGCCCAGCCGAAGAAAGUCAUUUUUCUUGUACCAACGGUUCCGCUCGUUUCUCAACAAGCAGCAAAAAUCAGAGCAAAUACCGAUUUAAUUGUUGGGGAAUAUUCUCGGGACGACAUUUCGUCUGUCGCAUACUGGGACGCAAUCGGAUGGUAUCAUGAGCUAUCUAAGCGGCACGUUCUGGUCCUCACGCCUCAAAUAUUUUUGAAUAUCUUGCGACACGGAUUCAUGAAAAUGUCAAGGGAUGUCAGUCUUCUCAUCAUUGACGAAUGUCACCACGCAGUCAAGCAUCACCCUUAUAAUGUCCUAAUGAAAGAGUUUUAUCAUACGAUAUAUCCUCCGGAGUCGAGGCCGAAAGUUUUCGGUAUGACCGCGUCGCCAAUAUAUCAGAAAGCGCACACCCACCAGGAUUCGCUUCUCCGUCUGCAAGAACUGCAGACUAACAUAGACUGCGUCGUGGUGACAGUGGCUGAUCGCAAGAGCCUACAAGCGUACGUUCCGAACGCCUCUGAGAAACUCGUCGAGUACUCCCCACCCUCGGGAGAUACUUCAAAUACGCGGUUGUCGAAGACCGGCACCUUGGGUACUCCAUCCGCCCGAUACUAUGCACACUAUCUGGACCGUCUCCGCGACUUGUACCAAAACUUUGCGUCCAAGCAGAAACAUGAAGCAGCGGAAAAAAUGGGCAGGAAUAUGGAGCAGAUCCAAGCUAUGGAAGAAGAGCUUGGGCCGUGGCUUGCCGGGAGAGCUGCGGAGGAUUUGGUACGGGGCAUGAACUCAUCGCGGGGCUGUUUAUCGGGACAUGGUAAGAGGGCAAGAAAUCAAGGCAGUCUGGAACCAACCAAAGCAGCGGACGCACGGAGUUACUCCGAGCUCGAGUAUGCUCCAUCAUUAAGCCAAGUCACAUCUUCCGACGUUACUCCAAAAGUGAUGACUCUCUUGCGCCUAAUUGAGGAGCGAGCGCAUCCGAACUCGACCGAAGAUAAUUGCGGCUCCCAUUUCCGUGCGAUGAUUUUCGUAGAGCGUCGAUUUACAGCAAAGGUGCUCUCAGUGUUCCUCAACUUGGUCGCCCAGGUGCGAUUUCCCAUCCUGAAAUCUUCAUACGUAACUGGUCACGGUGCUCAAUCAACGAGUGGUGAACCUGGUGGUCGAAGCUCAAUGACCAGUGCUUAUCAGAGAAAAGCUUUUGAUCGAUUCAGGGCUGGAGACGUGAAUACCCUUGUGGUUACCCGUGUGGCCGAAGAAGGAGUGGACAUGUAAGCUCAGACCUGCCUGCCGACUUGUGAUCGUAUUUGAUAUGUUCCGCUCUCACACAGGCUAUGUACAAUCAAGAGGCAGGGCUCGCGAUUUGGCCGGUUCUGAAUUUAUCAUUAUGGUGCGUCGGAAUAACAUGCAAGGUUUGCGCACUGUUGCACGAGCAAAGGUGGCGGAGAUCAUGACACGCAGUGUGGCCAAGGAAAUGCUGGGAAGAUCUCCAUCGCAAGCGAGCUCAUCGUCGGAUAGCAGAGAUCAAGUUUUGCGAAACGAGGAUGACAAUGAUACCACUGAGCGGUUGUUGGGAGCACAAGAUGUUCCGCUAAUUUCAAAAGCCGGGGCGAGCAUAUCGGCACUUGGUGCCCCACAGCUACUGCACCGUUAUUGCCAGGCCGUCUCGAAGGAUGGAAAGAUGGACCUUUCCGCCUUCUAUUCUGUGAUUUUAGAGCCUAGCAGUGCUGAGGCCUGGCAGACCUAUUCCGGCAAUUGCGAGGCAUCACUGUCUUCUGGCGACAGCACUCCUUUUGGGUAUGCCUUCCAAUUCCAAUUUCCUGACGGAACUGCUCUAGCAGGCGAUGUAGUAACCGGACAUCUUCGUGGUACGAGAAAACUUGCUCAGCAAAGCGUAGCACUUGAAGCUUGCCGACGCCUAUAUGCUAUUGGCGCCCUCAACGAACAUCUUCUCCCAAACAUCAAUUACAAAACAAAACCUGGUGCCUUUUCUCUUCCUGGCAUUCUCAAAAGAUGGCAGGCCCAUAACAACAGAGAGGUCAAAGAUCUAGCAUACGAAAAUGCAGGAACAUCCCUGAAAGCAAAUCUUCAGAAAGAAGACGUUCUCCAAGAAUACGAAAGGGGUGUAUCGAGGGUGUUCCAGAAGAACGAUAGCUGGUCUCAUCUGGAGGACACCGACUUGCCGUCCGCUGCUACAGCAACCUCCUGGCUGUACGUCACCAUUCUAUCCUUCGGUCCAGAGCUAGAAUCGUUUACUCGCGGACAGGAACCACCAGUCGAUGCUUUCACAUGUCUACUACAUAAGGGAGACCACUUUGAUGCAUCGUCCACGACCUUGAAUGAUUCCUGCAAAGGUCCUGCUUGUGAUCAACCUCUGUGUCGUCGGGCUGAAUAUAGACGGACACUGGCGAUACUCACCUCGAAGCCGUUACCGGUAGCAAGCGUCCCCAGCUUUCCAGUUUGGUUCGACGGCGAAAGAUCCUCUACAGUCGAAUUCAUAAGCUGGAACCCUUUAUCUCGCGCCACGAAUCAUGGGAAGAGCACCAUACAGCCCCUGCAAGCGACCAGUGAGAAGAAUGGCUCGGACAAUACGUCCAAGAGCAGCGUAAACAGUGGUGCAGAACCUGUUCCCUUCUGCAAUGAAGACCUCGCACUGGCCAGAAAGUUUCAAAACAAAUUCUGGGACAUGGUCCUCCGACGCCCGCCAGCAGAUAUCGCCGUUCCUGCGCCACACGUUUUGGGGAAAAGGAAACGACAUCCUGAGGAUGGUGACAGCCGAGCUGAUACCAGCGCUGUAGGACUACCUGCACGGCGUGAUUCGGACGAAACCAGUGUGCCGCCUCCCAUUCAAUGUGGCGGGGAUGGCUCCAAAACAAGUACAGUGACCGUACCGUCGCAGUUGGCAGGCAGCCACCAAUCCGAUCCCAUUCUAGCUGAUGCGGAGUCUGUGGCCUUCGAUGCUGACCCCAGAAUGUAUAUGGUACUCCCAAUGCGCAGGAUUCCUUAUUACACGGGCGAUUCUCUCGAUGUUGAAGAGGCCAGUGGUCGAACGCAUUCGGCAGUCAUGGGGGCGGAAGUACAGUCUUCGUCUUCUACGGAAACUAGUCUGCAAUCCUACGUAUGGGAACCUGACUGGGACACCGUUCGACGGGUCGUGGAACAAAAACUGUGUACUCUGUAUGACUGGAUCUCAUGCGUUGGGGUGGUCGCCGAGGAGCGUUCCUGUUGCAAGUUACCAUCAGGGGAGUAUGUGGACAGCAGCUCCAUUGGCGACGGUCGCAGAGUCGGACAGUCGGCGUCUUUCUUGGAUCGGUUAUCGUGCACAGGCCAGCCCGCAUUUGAUGAAUUCUAUGACCAUGUCUGCAGAGAAUUUGUUGAGCAGUCCACAUAUAAGCCUGAUGAUAAAGGCGACAGAACAACCAAGUACAGACCUGAUAUUCUACGGGAGAUCAAUCAAGUUCUCAAGCAGACGGUAGUUUGCACGACCCAUAAUAAUAUAAAGUAUUUACCUCAAGAGCUUAUGCCCAAUUUGGAACCGACAGCGCAGUUCAGAAAGGGUCGAUUUGGAGAGGUUCUCACGUAUAAAACCUACGUUGAAAAGCUGGGAUAUGCGGUAGUUCAUGAUCAGAGCGCCAUGGUGCAAGCAACUCAUUCCCCCUCCUUGCGAAACCAUUUGAAACCCCGCUUCAUAAAGCGAGGCGUCUUGACACAGCCUGGGAAGAUUCAUCAUAAGAACAAUACCGUGCUCCUAGUGCCCGAUGCCUGCCAAGUGCUCCCAUUACCCAUAGAUUUGUUUCGAAUAUCGUUGAUUUUUCCGUCGAUCCUACAUAAGGUGGAUAUUUACUGUAUGGUGGACGACUUCCGACAGGACAUGGAGCUUCCAGGAAUAUCAACAUCAACUUUAUUUACUGCGUUUGCAGCGCCGUCAGCCCAGGAAGGGACGAACUAUGAGCGUCUGGAGACCCUCGGAGACUCCUUUUUGAAAUAUGCGGUGUCAGUAGAUUUGUUCAGAAGAUUACCAACAGCUGAUGAAGGAGUUUUAUCGAGUCGCCGCUCAAGGAUCGUCAGCAAUCGGAACUUGUUCAAAAAAGCUGUCAAUAGGGGAUUUGGAAGUUUACUCAAUGUCACUCCCUUUAAUCCACGACAAUGGGCACCACCAGGACACGUUCCGUGGAAUCCAUUCAAGCGUUAUCAUUACCGAAGUCGCCAAAUAGACCAGGACGACGAGAACGUAAGCCCAUACAGCAGCAGAAGGGGUAUGUGGUGGCGGAUGAUCAGCCAGAAGAUGUUGGCAGACUUCAUGGAAGCAAUAGUUGGCGCGUACUAUACGGACGGCGGUAACGACGUCGCCCUGCACUUGCUCAAUAAAUUUGGACUCGUUUCAGACGUGAUAUUACCCAGUGGCACCGGUAUACUCAACAGAACUGACGCGCACAUCAAAGAUAGUAAGCAUGAUACGCCCACGAAUGAUGCGUUCAGUGAAGAAGAAGACAUCCAUAUAGACGAACCGAGAGUAGUUACUUGGUACAAUAGUGUAUCCAUGACGCCCAUUCCUGGGGAAUCCAAUCCCUUCAUAUCUUCCGACGAACAUCUUGCAAGGUUGCGGGCAUUGGAGCAGAUAUUAAGAUAUCGAUUCAAGGAUCAGCAGCUCCUUUACCAAGCAUUGACCCACACGUCAUAUAACGAUGGGCAUACCGAGUCUUAUCAACGGCUGGAAUUCCUGGGUGAUGCAGUUUUGGACUGGGUAUUGACCCGGUUCUUCUUCAAUUCAUAUCCUCAUUUGAGUCCGGCCACAUUGACAGAUCUGCGUCAGGCAGCAGUUAACAAUGAGAGCUUUUCUCGGAUGGCGGUAUCGUUAGGAUUGCAUCGGUGUUUACGCCAUGAAUCGUCGAGCCUUCAACUGGAGAUUGACAAAUACGUCCAGUACCUGGGGACACUUGAUGAUACCGCGCACCCUGUUGAGACCGUGCACGAGGGUCCAAAAGUUUUGGGCGACCUGUUCGAAGCCAUUGCUGGGGCUGUUUUCGUUGAUGCGGGUUGCGACAUUUCCACCAUGUGGAUGGUAUUCAGGCCACUAAUGAUGGAUUUUUUGGACAUUCAUGCGAAUCCGGACGUGGUCAGCAAGAGCCCGAUACGACAGUUGCAUGAAUACUUCCAGAAGAAAGGAUUUGCCGUUAAUGAUGUGGCAUAUAGAUUUGCAAACGACCAAGAGAAGUUCAUGUGCGAGAUACUGAUAAUGGACCAAGUGAUUGCAUACGCAGAAGCCAAUACCAAGCAUCUUGCAAAGCGACUUGCAACAUUUCAGGGCCUUGACUGGAUCAAGCGUUCGGAAGCGCAUAUUUCAGCUCUACUCGAGAGAAGUCGCGGAAUACGCGGAAUGAGUGCAGGCUCAUGAAUAAUUUAUAAUAUUUGGCAAAAGAAUGUACGGAGAAAAUAGAUGCAUAGCAUGAAAAGACA